GACGCUCGGGCCCGCGCGCGCCGAUAGCACGACGGAGACUCCGAGACGCUGAGAGGUGCGGGAGCGGUAACGUUGGGUUGGCCCAGGCCAGGCGCCGAGAGGCCGGACGCCAUGUUGUCGGUGUGAGUCCUGCUGUGGACCACAUUUCCCAGAGGACCCGGUGGCGGACUUUCUUUUUGCAGGAAUUUGCGUCAUGCUUGGCGGGACAGUUAGAUUCGUGAAGUGAGCAAUCGGGGCGGAACCGGUUCGUCUCCGGAGGUGCCGACCCGGGAAGGUCCGAGUUCUGCCCUUUCUAGGUGAGGCCCAGAAGUGGAGGGAAGAAUGCACGAUGAACUUCCGCAAGCAGUGGCCAAGAGAAGCCGCUGCUGGGAACCUCUAACUGCACUUCCUGUGAUUGGGCGGCACCCGUCUUGACAGUGACUGCCUACGGUACCUGUCUUUGGGCAUCCUGUGAUCAGCUCCUUUGUUGGGGUCACGGUGUCCCUUCAUGGGGUCCACAUCCACGUCUGGUCCAAGGAGGGAAAUAGGUACCAGUCUCUGUGCCCUUAAACUCCAGGGUAAACAGCAGAGUUCUUUCAAAGAAUCUCACUGUUCGACUUUGGGCUCUGGAAUCUUGCUUGGCCUAAGGUGAGGGAGAAGCACCCUCGUUUCUCCAAUGGGACAGGAAUGCGCUACACACUAACAGCUUUAUGGAAGUAGACGUGUCACCUAAAGACAGCCUUUGUUCUCGGACCUGCCAACCUAUGAAAUACCCUUGAGGUAGGUAUUGAACUAAGGGUCACAAAACCAAUUUUUAGUCACCAGCUUUGCAAGUGCUGCGUAGAUGGUCCCCAUCCUCAUUUUGGAAUAUAUGGUACUUGGCACCUAUUGUUUGCACUCUCUUUGGGGGACUUUCAACAAAACUGACAGGCACAUUUUGACAUCUUGUAGACCAAAAACUAGUGAAAGUAAUAAGAGACUUAGGAUCCUGUGUCUGAACGUAACACCUAGUUUUGAUGGAGCAUAUAGUCAGUCUGGUAGCUUCCUAAGAAAAGCUGCAUGGGAGAUAAUUUUAUCCUUUUUACAGAUCUAGAAAUGUCUUGAUUUAGUCUUCAUGCUAGCUUGGUAAUUUGACUGGGUUUAGAAUUCUAGGCCAGAUUUCAGGUUCCUUCAUAGUUUUAUGAAAUUGCUUUGCUUUGUCCUUAUUCCAGAUGGUUCUGUUGAGAAGUCCGUUGCCUUUGAUUCCUAAAUUUUUUUUGAACCGCAUUUUCCUUCUGUAAGCUUUUAGAAAGUUUUCUUUUUCCCCGAUAUACUGAAAUUCCACCCUAAAAUAUACUGCGAGAUGUUUUUUAAAGUCCAUCGCGUUUUUCCCUCCCUUGGAUCUUAAAAGGAAAAAGGGAAGGAAGAAGGAACUCACAUGUAUGAGGACUUUACUACGCGCCAGGCAUUAAGCCGGGUGCUUGCUGUUUCGCUCAUUGGAAGAGUCCAUUUGUACAUUCCUAGACAUUGCCCUCUGUUUCCAAGAGAUAAGUCUCCUACUGAUAUAACAGGGUUCCAGCCCCUCCAGGUCGCUCCCUAAUCUGUUUUGUGCAGAGCCCUCCGCCGCGUCCUCUAAUACCACCUUUUUCUUCUCUCCUUCCAUCCUGAAAGUGUGUCUGUUGUUUCAGGGGUUAACGAUGUUCAGGGAUGUGUUCGUAGACUUCUCUCUGGAGGAAUGGGAAUGCCUGGCCCCUGCUCAGAUGGAUUUGUACAGAGAGGUGAUGUUGGAGAAUUACAGCAACCUGGUUUCAGUGGGACUUUCCAAUUCUAAACCAGCUGUGAUCUCCUUAUUGGAACAAGGAAAAGAGCCUUGGAUGGUUGACAGAGAACUGACAAGAGGCUUGUGUUCAGAUCUGGAAUCAAUGUGUGAGACCAAGAUAUUAUCUCUAAAAAAGAGACAUUUCAGUCAAGUAAUAUUAACCCAUGAAGACAUGCCCACUUCUAUUCAGCCCACAUUUCUUACUCCACAUCAAAAAAUUAUUAAUGAAGAAAAACCCUGUGAAUGUAAGAAAUGUGGAAAGGCCUUUAAUCAGAACUUACAAAUUAUUCAACAUCAGAGAAUUCAUUCCUGUGAGAAGCCCUAUGAAUGUAAGGAGUGUGGAAAAUCCUUUAGUCGUGGCUCACUUGUUACUCGACAUCAGAGAAUUCACAGUGGUGAAAAGCCCUAUGAAUGCAAGGAAUGCGGCAAGGCCUUUAGAUAUAGUUCAUAUUUUUCUCUACAUCAGAGAAUUCACACUGGUGAGAAGCCCUAUGAAUGUAAGGAAUGUGGAAAAGCCUUUAAUUAUUGCUCAAACCUUAAUGAUCAUCAGAGAAUUCAUACUGGUGAGAAACCCUAUGAAUGUAAAGUAUGUGGGAAGGCCUUUACUAAGAGCUCACAACUUUUACCACAUCUGAGAAUUCAUACUGGUGAGAAACCUUAUGAAUGUAAGGAAUGUGGGAAGGCCUUUACUCAACACUCAAGGCUUAUUCAGCAUCAGAGAAUGCAUACGGGUGAGAAACCUUAUGAAUGUAAGGAAUGUGGGAAAGCCUUUAGUAGUGCCUCAACACUUACUAAUCAUCACAGAAUUCAUGCUGGUGAGAAACUCUAUGGAUGUAAAGAAUGUGGAAAGGCUUUUAUUCAGAGCUCAGAACUUAUUCAACAUCAGAGAAUCCAUACAGAUGAAAAACCAUAUGAAUGUAAUGAAUGUGGGAAGGCCUUUAAUAAAGGCUCAAACCUCACUAGACAUCAGAGAAUUCACACUGGCGAGAAACCCUAUGACUGUAAGGAAUGUGGAAAAGCCUUUGGUAGUCGCUCAGACCUCACUCGCCAUGAGGGAAUCCAUACUGGGUGAAUGAUAGAAAGUAAGACCUUUUUAUUAACCUUUAUAAUGUUUUUAAAAGCGAUAAUGCAUGACUGAAGGUUCCCCUAUUAAUGCUGUUCUUCCUAAUUCAUUUAUAAUUUCCUUUUAUGGAUAACUUAAUAAUUCAAAUUUAUUUUGUGAAUUCAGUGUCUAAAUUAAACCUCUUCCCCCUCCAAAAACAAGAUUUUAUCUCCUAACUACUUAUUCAAUAAUUCCUUCCCCAUUGUUUUGUUUGCUUUCUUGGUAAUAUAUUUGUCUUUUUAUUAGUUUGUUUUAGGGCUGUCUUCUCUAUUCUUGUGAUCUCUAGAUCUGUGUUCCUACCAAUACUACACUGUAAAUUGUGUUACAUAUAUAUCUUUUAAUUCCUGAGAGUAUUGUAACCUUGUUUUUGAUACGUUUUCCUUUUGUGAAAUUAGUAUUUUCUUACUGUAAAAAAAGAAAACAUAAAGAAGCACAAAGAAAAAAUUAAAGACUUUUUGUAAUCUUACAACCAGAGAUAACCACACUCAAAUCAUUAUAACUUCUUCCAUACUUUUUUUAAUAAGUGUAAUCAUGGUAUGCAUGCUAUACAGUAACCAGCUUUUAUCAUGCCGGAAUAUACCAUGACUACCGUUUCAGUAAGUAUAGACUUUUAUCAUUAUUUUUAAUGGUGUUAUAGUAUUCUUUUCUGUGAUUGACUAUCAUUUUGCUAAAUUACUGACUAUCAUUAUGGCACUCUCUAAAGAUCUGCAAUUAUAAAAAGUUGCCCUCUAAACAGAACUUUAAUGUUUGUUUUUUGUGUUGUUGUUUCUAUUUUCUUUAAAAUGUUAAUUUUCAAUGCCAAAAUUACCGAUGAACAUUUUCUCCCUGUAAAAUAUUGCCACCACCAACAGCCCCAAUCCCCUCAACACAAUCAUUGUUACUAAUUUUUUAUCUUUCCAUACUUUUUCUUACUAUUUUACUAAUGUGUAUGUAUACACAUGUGCACAUGCAUACACAUGUAUUUAUAUAUGUAAGUAUACAGAUACUACUUGCAGAAAUGUUAGGCCUGUUUUAUAAUUUUCUCAUAUAUAAAUAUGUAUACCCAUGAUAAGUGUAUUGUGUUGGCCGGAGGCGUAAAUGAAUUAAUAAAUGUAAAAUGGCUGGAACUGCUUUUAACACAGUAAAUACUUAGUGGAUGUUGGCCAAUAUUAAAUAGGUUCAUAAUUAUUAUUAUUUGUGGAGGGGACUUUAACCAUGUUAUCCACCUUAGCUGACAUCAGAGAAUUCAUAAUGAGAAAGAAUAGUGACUAUAAUGCUUGUUGGAAACCUCACCAACACUUGUACCUUAUUCAGCAUAGAGAGUUUUUUAAAAAGAAACAACUAAGAAAUAGAAAUCCAGGAAGACAAAGUAUGGUUGGCUAGGCCUACAUUCAUACCUCAUCU